ACGGCUUCCACGCAAAAGGUGUGUGUUCUGGCCACAAAUUGGAAACGCAGCUGACUGGGCCUUGGUUCUAAAGACAAGAACAAACCACAUAACGGGUCUGUAUACCUAAUAAUGGAAAACAUCCAAGAGUUGCUCCCAUUCGCCAAAGAGAUGCUGAGUCAGAAGCCGAGCCGGGGGCUGCUGAAGGUCUACCUGGUGGGCUCAGUGUUUGCAGUGCUGGGCACCGUCAUAGGGCUGGUGGAAACCGUGUGUCUGCCCUUCUCCUCUGGAGAAUCAACGGAUGCAGAGGUGCUGCUCAUGUUGGCCCAGGAGCAGAGGACUGUUGAGACAGAGACACAGUGUGUUAUAGGAGCCCAGGAAAUGGAGGAAGAGGAGGACAAGGAGGAGAUGCAAGUGGCUCAUGGAAACGGGGCUUCCAUUGAGAGCACAACCGUCUUGAAAGCUCAAAGAUGCUCCCAGCGAAGCAUUGCCAACAGGCUGCACGCUUCCUAGAGCUACUGGGGCUCCGAUCACGUGACUUGAGAGAUUUAUUACUGAAAUGCUGCUGAUACGCUACUCUGCUGCUUGAGAGAGAUGCCUUCAUGCACUGUUGGAAAUGUUCCACACUACGCCUUCAUGCACGGAGCAUACACGGCCUCAGUGUCGGCCUGGAAGACUUUCUGACCCUGACACUGCUGCUUUGACACCAACUUAGAAGCUUAGAAAUCUUGUCAACAGUAGUAACAGUGUCCAUUCGAUGCAUUAGAGGCAGAGCAAAAAUCAUGUGUUGAAAAUGUGCACAUUUAAAGCAGCGGUAGCCCAUAAAGACAUACACUACCUUUACUAAACGAUGAACGACUUUUUGCAGAGUUCUUCUUUUUACGUUUCCCCUUAAAAAUAAUAAUUAAUUACAAAAUAUAGAGUGGUGAAGAGAACAUAAUGGUGUUGGUGAUGAGCUAGAGCCGUCUAGUGUCUGAAUCCACUCCACUCACAUUGUGCUCAGAGAGACCAACCUUUACUGUAAAUAUUUAGCACUGUACAUAUAAAAGCGGUAGCCCAUAAAGACAUACACUACCUUUACUAAACGAUGAACGACUUUUUGCUAAAAUAUUUUUUUCAUAUCAAUAAAGAUAAUUUUAUUUAUUGGA